AUGUCGUGCUGCAGCCGCUUCUCCAGGGCCAUGCUGAUCCUGAUCAACAUCUUCUUCCUCGUCGCCGGUCUCGGUGUCCUGGGAGGAGGUAUCUACACCCUGGUUGAGUCCAACCGCCUGGGUAUCCCCUCUUCCAUCUGCAUCGGUAUCAUUGUCACCGGCUCCCUGGUCUUCCUCAUGUCUCUCGUUGGUCUCAUCGGCGCUUCUCGCAAGAAGGCCGGCCUCCUCUGGUUCUACUUCACCCUCUGCCUGCUUGUCCUCCUCGCCCAGAUCGCUGUCGCUGUUGUUGCCUACUUCUUCUCCGACCAGUCCAUGGAGUGGCUCGAGGAGUACGGUUGGGACAAGGCCAGCCAGGAGACUCGUGACUACAUUCAGGACACCUUCGAGUGCUGCGGCUUCCAGCACAACGAGCCCGGCUGCCCGGUCGACAACGGCUGCGGUGACCAGAUGUAUGACACCUUCGUUGCCUACAGCACCUACGUCUACAUCGCCGGCUUCGUCCUCGUCGGCUUCCAGGUCAUCGGCCUCAUCUUCACCAUCAUCGUCGCCGUCUCGGCCCGCAAGGACUCUUACUAA